AUGCAGGCACGUCCGGUUCAACAGUAUCCAAUCCAGCAGUAUGCAGAGCAGCCGAAUCUGCUGCCACAGUUUCCACUGCAGGCACCAUUGUUACAACAGUUUCCAACGCAGCAGCCUUCGAGGCAGCAACUUCCUGUCGGUACUCCGCCAGUGUCGUCUGUAGGCACGGUACCAGACGUGAACGGGCAGGACAGAAGAGUGGACGAACUGCCCACACAGCAACAGCUAACCUCUCGUCAAUCUUUAGCACGAGAUCUGCCUACGUUUUCUGGUGAUCCAGCCGAAUGGCCGAUAUUUAUCUCCAACUUCGAGUACACGACAAGAACAUGCGGGUAUACAAACGGAGAAAACAUGGUGCGCCUACAAAGAUGCUUGCGAGGACGUGCAUUAGAAAGUGUGCGCAGUCGUUUAGUCUUUCCAACUGCCGUACCUCAAGUGAUAGAGACGUUGCGGAUGAGAUAUGGUCGUCCGGAGUUGCUUAUCAACGUUUUGUUGCAGAAGGUGAAAGCGAUGCCCAGUAUUCGAGGAGACAAGUUGGAAGCCCUCAUUGAGUUCGGGAUGGCGGUUCAAGAACUGUGUGACCACAUCGAAGCAGCGGAUGAAAGAGCGCAUUUGUCGAACCCCACUCUCCUGCAGGAGCUCAUUGGGAAGUUGCCCGCAGAUCAGAAGCUGAUGUGGGCAGGUUUCAAGCGCGGCCGUGCGGGGGUGGAUCUCAAGACAUUCAGCGAGUAUAUGGUCGGCGUAAUGCAAGAUGCUUCAAGUGUGGUGCUCUACGAACAGGAUUCACGAAAGGUCGGGAACAGAGAGAAGACGAAAGGGUUCAUCAACUCGCACGUAACCAGGACUGACGAAACACUCUCUUCGACGUCAUCGCAGCACAAGUCGAGCGGGUGCCUCCAUUGCGAUAAAGAUGGCCAUAAGCUUCGAGAAUGCCAAGCGUUCAGGGCUCUUUCCGUCGACGAUCGCUGGCGACGUAUUCGGUCACUGAACCUGUGUCAGAUAUGCUUGUACAGUCACGGAAAAAGAUCUUGUCGGAUAAAUAAUCGGUGCAAUGUAAACGGAUGUCAAUUCAAACACCAUCCACUGCUGCAUGGAAAGUCUACGACUCCGACAACACAAGCAGGCAGCACUCACACUCACCAAUUACUCGAUUCGGGUAUCCUAUUCCGGAUCAUACCAGUCACGCUUCAUGGGAAGUCUGGCAAAAUUAACACCUUUGCCUUCCUGGACGAGGGCUCUUCAUCAACGUUGGUCGAAGAAAAUCUGGUAGCGCAGCUUGGCUUGACUGGAGAAUCGCAACCAAUCUGCCUCAACUGGACCGGGAACACCUCGAGGGAAGAAAAGGAUUCUCGUCUGGUAUCGUUCACCAUUUCCGGACCAGGGCAGAAGCGACUUCGUAAGCUCGUGAACGCUCAUACCGUGAGGAACUUGAACCUACCAACGCAAACAUUCGAGCUAGAAGAGGCGGCAGAAAACUACCGCAAUGCGAAACCGGAAAUUUUGAUCGGAGUGGACAACCUGAAGCUUGCUGUACCGCUGAAGAUAAAUGAAGGAGAUGGAACUGGACCGAUCGCCGUUAAGACGCGACUGGGAUGGUGUGUCUAUGGGCGACAAAGUUCUCGAAACAACGAAAGAUUCUGCUUCCAUGUUUGCGGAUGUACGAGAGACGAUGAGCUACACGAUAGUGUGAAGCAGUUCUUUGCGGUGGAAGAGAAUGGAGUGAAGCAGCUGGAAACUACGCUCAGUCCGGAUGAAAGGCGUGCUCAGGAAUUGCUGGAGAUGACGACUAAGCGAAUCGGUAGCCACUUCGAAACAGGCCUACUGUGGAAGGAGGACGAGAUCGAACUACCGGACAGCUACGGCAUGGCGUUGCGACGACAUCAGUGCCUUCAAUGGAGGAUGGAGCGGCAGCCAGCUCUGAAAGAGAACAUUGGCCGGCAGAUACAGGAAUACAUCGACAAAGGCUAUGCUCAUCGAGCCACUUCAACAGACCUAGAGACGGCAGAUGCCAGGAGAAUUUGGUUUCUACCGCUAGGAGCCGUCACGAACCCAAAUAAACCUGGAAAGGUGCGGCUUAUAUGGGACGCAGCAGCAAAAGUUUCUGGUGUAUCGCUGAACAGUGUCUUGUUGAAAGGACCGGACCAGCUAACAUUGUUACCAGCUGUACUGUUUCGCUUCCGGAUGUAUUCCGUUGCUGUGAGCGGAGAUAUAGAACAGAUGUUCCAUCAAGUGGGCAUCCGACCUGAGGAUAGAAACUCCCUGCGCUUCCUGUGGAGCGAAACUUCUGAUGAACCAGUGCAGAUUUACCUCAUGGACGUCGCUACGUUCGGCGCAACGUGCUCGCCUGCAUCGGCGCAGUACGUGAAAAACCUAAAUGCCUCGGAACACCAGCAGCAAUACCCAAGAGCCGUGGAAGGAAUAUUGAAGAGCCAUUAUGUCGACGACUAUCUCGACAGCUUUGGCAGCGAAAGCGAAGCGGAGAAGGUUUCUGCAGAAGUGAGACUAGUACAUCGUAACGGCGGUUUUCAUCUUCGCAAUUGGAGGUCGAACAGCAAAAGGGUUUUGGCAGCACUUGGAGAAACAGCCCAAGAAGACAAUAAAAAGCUGUAUCUUGAAUCGGAUGAACAAGUUGAACGCGUGCUCGGGAUGCUUUGGUCCUCAAGUACGGACGAGUUAAGCUUCUCCACUUGCUUGAGAGAGGACGUCAGGCAGCUCUUGGAUAGCGGUAGUCGUCCGACGAAACGGCAGGUGCUCCGAUGCGUAAUGUCUUUGUUCGACCCUCUCGGACUUUUGGCAUUUUUCGUUAUUCACGGGAAGGUUCUUAUUCAGGACUUGUGGCGAGCUGGGACAGAAUGGGAUGAAGCAGUCGGCGACGCAGUAUUUGAACACUGGAAUCGUUGGACGAAGAUGAUCGAGUUUGUAGCAGCGGUAAGAAUACCGAGAUGUUAUUUCCUUCGAGCAACAGAACAAACGUACAAAGAUGCCCAAAUUCACAUUUUCGUGGACGCCAGCGAGAUAGCGUACUCGUGUGCAGCUUACAUCCGAACGGCUGUUGGAGAUGGAACGUUUGCCUGUGUUUUGGUCUCUGGUAAAUCCAAAGUAGCUCCGCUUAAGCCGAUGUCUAUUCCGAGAUUAGAACUGCAAGGAUGUGUCCUCGGUACACGUUUACUGAAAUUCGUCCAGGAUAAUCAUCCUAUCGUAUUCUCCAGGAGGUUCCUCUGGACGGACUCUACGACAGCUAGAGCGUGGAUUAGCUCAGACCCGAGGCGCUACAAACCAUUCGUAGCCCAUAGAGUCGGAGAAAUUUUGGAGACUACGAAAGUUAAUGAAUGGCAGUGGGUUCCGUCCAAGCUCAACCCAGCAGAUGAGGCAACCAAGUGGGGUCGUGGACCUUACUUCAGUCCGGAAAGCCAAUGGUUCAAAGGGCCAGAAUUUCUGCGGUAUUCAGAGGAAUCGUGGCCCAGAAAAGCCAAUCCAAUCGAGUCUACAAACGAAGACAUCAGACCAUCAGUACUGUUCCAUUUCGCAUUCGUUCCAACACUGGACUUUGAGCGUUUUUCGUCAUGGAAUAGAAUGCUACGCGCCGUAGCCUACGCAUUGCGUUUCAUCUUCAACAUCGCAAAACCGGCUCAAAGGCUCCGUGGUCCACUUUCACAAGCUGAGUUGCUCAGUGCAGAACGGACGAUUUGGAAGCUCGUACAGCGAGAAAGUUACCCGGACGAGAUUGCUACCCUGGAGAGGAAUAAAUCCGAAUCGACGGGACAACUCCUAGAUCGGAAAAGCAACUUGAUAAAGCUGAUGCCUGCUCUUGACGAGCUCGGAUUAUUGCGGCAGCGUAGCCGUAUUGUUGCUGCGGAGAACGUGACCUACGAUACCCGGUUUCCGAUAAUUCUGCCUGCGAAGCACCGUGCUGUCAACCUGUUGGUAGAAGACUAUCAUCGGCGCUACCGGCAUGGAAACAACGAAACCAUUGUCAACGAGCUACGUCAACACUACGCCAUUUCGGGCUUACGUAGAAUCGUAAAGAAGGUCACAUAUAGCUGUCAGCUGUGCAAGAUUCGCAAGGCGCGUCCUUGCAAUCCACCGAUGGCGGCACUUCCUCCAGCCCGCUUGGCGAUGAAUGUCCGUCCGUUCAGCUAUGUUGGCCUGGAUUAUUUUGGGCCAUUCCUAACAAAAGUAGGACGUUCAAACGUGAAAAGGUGGAUCGCCCUCUUCACAUGCCUCACCGUACGAGCUGUACACCUUGAGAUAGCGUAUAGCUUAUCAACGGCCUCUUGCAUAUCUUGUGUACGACGCUUCAUCGGUCGCCGAGGAUCGCCGAUAGAAAUCUUCAGCGACAACGGAACGAACUUCCAGGGGGCGGAACGCAUAUUGCGAGAGCAGAUCGACACGGAAUUGGCAACGACGUUCACCAACUCAAACACGAAGUGGAGCUUCAUUCCUCCUGGAGCUCCACAUAUGGGAGGUGCUUGGGAGAGGUUGGUACAGUCUGUGAAGGCGGCAAUGAAAGAUGCCUAUGCAGAGGGGAAGUUGAGCGAUGAGGGAUUGCAAACGAUGGUUGUUGAAGCAGAGAGCAUUGUAAAUUCGAGGCCUCUGACAUACUUGCCGUUAGACUCUGAGGAGUCGGAAGCAUUGACUCCCAAUCACUUCCUUUUGGGGACCUCUAGUGGCGCUAAGCAAAGUAGUGUAGGCAUCGAGGAAUCACAAAAGCGUCUACAUGACACGUGGGGAGCAAUACAGAGUCAGCUGGACAAGUUUUGGCAACGCUUUCUGGUGGAGUAUCUACCAGUCAUAAGAAGACAGCCGAAAUGGUUUAACGAAACUAGACCAUUGCAGGUUGGCGACCUUGUCCUUGUCGCAGACGGCGCUCGGCGAUGUGAGUGGAUACGAGGCAAGGUUACGCAGAUCUUCGAAGGAGCAGAUGGUCGUAUUCGCCAAGCACUUGUACAAACUCGCCAGGGAAGCUUCAGAAGACCAACGACUAGGUUGGCUGUACUCGACGUAGGUGGACAAGGUGCUACCCCAGGACUCGUAGGGGAGCACCGGGGGGAGACUGUUACCGGUACCGUCGAGAUGGGCACCCUAUCCCCAAACGGUUCAACCACUUCAGUGACAAGCCGUCACUAUUGAUAUGACAUCAAGGGAAAGGGGUAAAAACAAAACGAAAAACUACAGAGACAGAACGUGAAUUUUGCUACUCAUGCUAUUACUUAUUAUAGUUGAUUAUUCUACCUUAAAAUUACGUAUUUGUGCUUAAGACUAGUGUUGUUUCCAGCUUACAAACUAGUGAAGGCACUAAAAACUAACCUAAAACCGAGUUGGACAGUGCAAUAGAAGGGUCCAGAACUAUAAGGGACACUGAAAAGUAAGACAAUUAGUAAUAAUAAUGAAACAUUGAACUGAAAUUAACUAUAUUUACAGUUUUAAAGCGAUAAUAAA